AGUUCAAACCUUUUUGUGAUUAUAAAUCAAACCCCUUCGUUUCUCUCUGCACACACUUCAUCGUCCAUAUCAAAAGAAGGUCUAAUUAAGGUGGUUUUAACUUUUAAGUAUGAGUGCACGGAGUGAGAGGGUAGUUACAAGAAGCUCAAGGAGGACACAACAAGUGAACAAUGUGAAUGAGACACCAAGCCAACAUCAGGGAGAUCAACAAAGAUCUGGACAACCUUCAGUGUUGCCUUUUACUGUGCCUGGACCUCCUACGAUUGAUGUUGAUGCUAUUGAAGAUGAUGAUGAUGUUGUUGAGUCAACUGCUUCUGCUUUUGAUCGAGCUAAAAGACACAAGUCCGGAGGCUCACAGCGGCGAGGACCCUUAGUAGUUGAUGUAGAGUCAGGUGGUACCACUAGGCUUAGCAAGAACCGCACAAAGCGUCAAUGUGAUGAAGCUAAUGCUGAGCUUAGCAAUCCGAGAAAGUCUAAGACCGUAGCACCUCCUGAAGAGGAACCAAAGUUUAACUGCCCAAUUUGUAUGAGUCCAUUUACCGAGGAAGUGUCAACAAAGUGUGGUCAUAUCUUCUGCAACAAAUGCAUAAGGGUCGCGGUGUCUGGUCAACCUAAAUGCCCUACGUGUAGAAAAAAGGUCAUUGCUAAAGACCUCAUUCGUGUCUUCCUCCCAAGCACCAGAUGAGUGAUACACAGAAACAUCACAAGGUUUAAAAUUGUCUAACGGCUCUACCCUUGAGGAGAUUGGUUUUGGGAAGAACAGUGAAGACAUGUUUGUUCAUGAGUUUAUCCUCUGUAAUGUUAAUAUCGUUCUGCUUAGUGAGAGAAAACAUUUAGGAACCAGUGAGGACAUCUUUUAGACUCUUUAUUGUUGAGAUACAUCGUUGAAUCUUAAGAAAGCAU